CUUUUAGCACCAAAUAUUUUUUAAUAAAACACUGCAUCAACCUUAUAUUACCCUUAUUUGACAAUACUGGAACCAAAAGUGGGGGACCGGACUUUCAAUGAUUAUGAACAUUUCCUAUAGAAAAACUUCAGUCUGGAAAUAAACAGGAUCAAGUCCCCCCGCCCUCGAUGUUACGUGCAUGCCUGAAUGAUCGAAUGUAAAUCCCCUAAAUAAUUUUCUUUUAUCAAGUACAGUAAUGUAGAUUUUGUAUCAAACGCUUAUAAUUCUUGCUGUUUAUUUUAUACACACAUAGUUUUAUCCUAUAUUUUCAUUAUGUUUUAAUAUUUACCUGAUGCUAUCAUAAUAUCUGUACAAACAACGAUAAAUCAUUGUAGCGUGUAACCACAUGACCUCUCGAAUAAGUCAGACAUUCAUGUGAAUAAACAAAGCCUGAGGAUAAACGAUUGGGUGGGUUCUAUAAUAUGUUAUGUUUUCUUCUUCCUUAAAUAAGUGAAAACAUUUAUAACUGGUUAGUUAGUGAAAUCUUGUGCACGAGAAAGUUCAUGAAAUCUUGUGCAUGAGAAAAGAUAAUAGGAUCUAUGCGUCUACUUUCGUUUUAAUUUCCUCGAAUGUUAUAGAUUUUUGCAAUCGUAUAGCGGUAAAAGAUGGCAUCGGCAAGAGGAAUUGGAACAGAAUUUCACUUGAAAAAGACAAAAGGCGUUUUUAAGAUUUAUAGUGGUACCAUCACGAAACCUAGAGGCAAUGUUGAAGCUAUCGUCAGCAUCUGGGAUAGAGGCAAAGCUGGCGGAUUCUCCGAGGCAAUACUAAAGGAGGCAGGGAACGAAGUUGCUGAAGAGAUCAAAGCUAACAGACCGAUAAAAAAUAAUAAAAAUUUGGUCACCCUGGCAGGACGGCUUCCCUGUAAAUAUAUAAUUCACUGUGCUUGUCCACAUUGGGAAAAUUAUGACUCAGGAAGCAAGACACAGUGUCUUGGGGAUCUGUAUGAAACUGUCUCAACAGCUCUGAUAACAGCAUGUGAAAGAGGUGUAAAAUCUAUUGCUUUGCCCCCUAUAGGUUCUGGUAAAAUUUUUCGCAUUCCAAAUAUUGCAGCUGCAGCAAUGUAUGUAAAAUCUGUAAUGGAAUAUCAAAAUUUUCUAGGAAAGACGAAAAAUUCAAUCAAAGAAAUUCAUUUUAUUGAUAAAAACGAUGAUAUGAUUGGACUAGUAAUUGACACGUAUCAAAUUGCUCUUGACAACUCUGGAUAUAUUGAGGAAAAUUCUGUGAUGAUGCGGUUGAAAGACUUACAAAAAUUUCAAGGGCCAGCGAAAUAUCCCACAGAUUUUUCUAGUUCAUGUCCAUCCAAUUUUAUGCCAGGACAACAGCAUUUCUCAAUUCCAUACACAACAUCUACAGUAGUUUCAUACCCCAGCAAUGCACUUCCUAUACUCAUUUACCCCGGCAAUCCAACUCAUGUACCCCCAUAUCCAAGCAAUCCAACUCCUGUACCCCCAUAUCCAAACAAUCCAGCUCCUGUACACCCAUACCCAAGCAAUCCAGCUCCUGUACACCCAUACCCAAGCAAUCCAGCUCCUGUACACCCAUACCCAAGCAAUCCAGCUCCUGUUCACCCAUACCCAAGCAAUCCAGCUCCUGUUCACCCAUAUCCAAGCAAUCCAACUCAGCCUCAUAUGCCCCCACAAUCCUCUCAUAAAAUGUCGAACUGGAUACACCUUAAUUCCAAUGGAGGAACAGAAAUCUUUGAGGUAAAUAACCUAUGUGUACUCAUUUACACUGAGGACCUUACAAAAAUUCAAAAUGUCGAUAUUCUGGUUUCAACGGAAAAUGCCAAAGUACCUGGAAACGGCCAGCUUGCAAAAGCAAUUCUCGAAAAAGCAGGAAAACCGUAUCAGAAGGAGCAUGCAAAACUGUUUUCAGGAAAGAAAAAACGUAACACCACCGAAGUUUUACAAACGGGUGCAGGCCAUCUUGGUUUUAAAAUCGUAUUGCAUGCCAUAAUUGAUAAAUUUCCGGAUGAUCUUCCCUCAGGAUUUUACCAACAACAAUUAUGGGAUACAACGCUUAAAAUACUUAAUGCAGCAAAUAAGGAAAAGGUUAAAAAGAAGAAAUUGUUUUCCAUUGCUUUGUCAUUAUUAGGAACAGGUUCAAUUCAGAAUCCACAAUAUCUAGCAACAUAUGCUACCGUUAUGCUACAAGCCAUUGAAAGUUUCUCAUCAGCAGAGAGUGUCAAUUUAAAGACGAUCCAUAUUGUCAAUUUUACCGAACAAACUACGAAAGUAGUUGUCGAUAUGUUUAGAUCCUUCUGUUCAGGUUCAAAUCACCCAAGAGACCGACAGGUUAAGAAAAAAGAAUUAAAGAAAGAGAUUGCGAAAGAUUCUCGUAAGGAUUCAUACAAGUUUAACCCUAAAAAUUAUAAAAGGAUCGAUUCUUGGAGAUCAUCUGCAAACCACAAGCAAAAUAUGGAAUCGUUUUUGGUAUCCGUGCCUCCCAAAAAUGCCUCUCUCGGAAAGUGUAAAGAUCCUUCUUCAGAUCAAAAGCCUGGAUCAAAAUUCUGUACAGGAAAUCUUCUAAUGAUCAAUUCGGAUUCUGAAGAAAGUGAAAACGAGAUUUCAGACACCCAAUUUGAUGGCGAACUUUCAAAGAAAGAUGCGUGCGCAGAUGUAGGAGACAAAAAUGAUAAUUUGUGCGUCAUUUGUAUGGACGAUGAAAUGACCGACCCAGUACAGUUAAAAGAUUGUCAACACGAGUUCUGUCGUGAAUGUAUCACAGAAUAUUUACACCAUAAAUCGGCAUGCCCUGUUUGCAAUACGGUUUAUGGGGAAAUGUACGGAAAUCAACCAGGAAGCGGGACUGCUAUAGUAUAUCUGGAUGAUGCUUCUCUUCCGGGAUACAGCUGUAAAACACUGAUUAUCAAUUAUGAAUUUCCGGAUGGAAAUCAGACGGAAAACCACCCUAAUCCUGGAAAACCGUAUCAUGGCCUUUCCCGCCAAGGUUACCUUCCGGACAAUGAAGAGGGACGUCUCAUUCUGGGAAUGCUUAAACGUGCUUUCGAACAUCGUCUGAUCUUCACGGUUGGUUUUUCUCGAACUUCCGGUAGAGACAACGUGGUCACGUGGAACGACAUCCAUCACAAAACAAGGAGAGAUGGAGGGCCUGAAAAAUAUGGUUAUCCUGAUCCAGAAUACUUAACAAGAGUUAUAGAUGAACUGAAUGCCAAAGGAAUUUCAGAGGAAUGAAAACUGAGCCUUUUCCUAAAAUGACAAUAAAGAUGCUGUUCUUUAG